AUGGAUAACCAAAUAUGUUUGAGGUUUGAUAAAUUGAGAAGCUAUUUACCCGAUGACUUAAACAAUUCUACAAGUAAAGAUAUUCACGGUUUAGGAAAUAUUAAAAAUUAUUGUCCUAUUGUAGGUUCAGAAAAUAAAUGUAAAACUGAGGCUGAUAAAAUAAAUGCUGGAUUUCUAUGGUUGUUCGAGCAAAAUAUUAUUAAUAGGAUUACUGGUUUUAAGGGUUCUAGUGAUAAAAAGCAUAAAGUGUUUAUUAUAUACAUUAUGAUAUGGUUAAGUUAUAUGUUAAGUCUAAAGAAAGUCAAUAACAUCAACAACCUAAAUGAAUUUUAUGAAUUGCAUAUAAAGGAUAAUACGCAUUAUAAUACUUGUAAAAAAUAUAAAAAUAAUAAUUAUAAUGAUUGUAGUAAUUCAUUAAAAGAUAAAACAGGAUAUAAUAAUUUUAAGGAGUUCAUAGAAGCAAACAAAUGUUUGAUGAAUAUUGGUAUUGAUGAUGUGUCUAAUUUGUAUGCUGCAUUAAAAUCAUUAUGUAAAAUGUAUACUGAAGUUGAUGCAAACGAUAGAACAAGUAAAAAUUAUUUAGUAAAAGCUAAUGAAUUUGUUAAAAAAUAUGAUGAACUUAACAAACAUCCUAAUAUUACUAAAUAUAGUCCCUAUUAUCAAGUAUUGUCUACAUUAUCAAAUGAUUAUAAUAAUUUUAAAAAUUAUUGUAAGGAGAAUCAAUUUGAUUGCGACGAUAUUCAAUCCAUUUCACCGAUAAAAAUAAAAGAAAAUAGUAUACAAGAUUCUGGACAAAAAUCUGAAGUUACAUCAUCAAGUUCGUCGAUAACAAACAAAUUAAUUCCAGUUUUAUCGAUAAUUGUUGCAAUACCAAUAUUCUUGGGAAUUUUUUAUAAGUAUUCGUUAUUUGGAUUUCGGAAACGAUUUCAAAAACAAAAAUUAAGAGAAAAGCUAAAAAAAUAA